AUGACACGUCUGGUCUCUGGCUACCUGGUCUGGAGCGCGCUGACCAGGUGCGCCCUCGCGGGCGUGGGCAACCUGGCUCUGCUGGCGGGGGACGCGGGCUCCAUCGUGAAGGCGUGCAUCCCCGCCGCCUCGCUGUCGCACCUCUGCAUCAACUUCCCGGAGCCGCCGCAGGUGUCCGUAGACCCUCCCAUGGACGCGUCUGGAGUCUCUCCCGGACCUUCGCCCGUGCCCGCCCUGCAGCGGCGAGACGGCCCUGGGCUUGACCUCUGCGCUGCGCACGGGGCUGUGGAGCUGAACGUGCCCGCUGCUGCGCAGCCGGCUGAGGGCACGGGCCUGACCCAGGCUGCCAGGAACCUCGAGAUCGGCGUCUCCGACCACGUGGCCGACAUAGAGGUUGAUCAGGAUGGUGCGUCCCCCGCUCCUGUUACAAAUCCCCCCGGACUCGAACCACUGCCGUUCAAGGCUUCGCUGCUUCGGGGCUGGGUCGAGCAGGAGAUGCUGUACAGCUUCGAUUUGAUCCAGCCGAUCGCUGGUGCCUCCGUCAAGGCCCAGUCGCUCCCGGAGUUGCAGGCCAUCCUCCUCAAAAAGGUCUACCACCCCGACGCCCAGGACACGUGGGAGCUCCCGAGGUUCGCCAAGCCGGAGGGCCCCAGUCCCACGGACGUGAAUAUCUUGGCUCGGGGCCGCGCUGCGUACGCACUCAUCUCCCUUUCCUCGGCCUCCGACUGGCCACAGGACGAUGCAGUGCAGGUGCUCAAGGAACGCCGCCGCGUCAGGCCUGACUGGCUGUUGCUGUUCAAUGCGCUGGGGAAGGGGGCGCUGGCGGCCAUCGAGGACCGCGUGCGGACCCCGCACGUUGAGAUCUGCACGCAGAGGCUGAUCAGCGUGGCCCCGUUCUUCCACCUGCCCGAGGAGACGCCUCGCAUUUCGCUGGACCUGGUCUUCCCGAGCCAACUCGCGCACCUCGACCUCGUCACUGCGCUCGGCGAACUGCGCUCGGCGAGCUGCGCCAUGCGCAUCUUCCGGGUGUUCAUCCUGGGUCCGGCAAGAUUCCUGCUGGUGUCUGACGCCUCGGCUGACUGGACGGCUACCAUGGACAAUGUCUGGUUGCAGGACGCCGCCAACGCCGCGACGCGGUCCCGCUCCGUCUCGGACUACCUCGCCGAGGUCAGAGUGCAGGGCCAAGUCGGGCUCCAGGACAGCGAGAUGCUGAACAUGCUGAUGCAGCACGCGGUCGCGACGACUUGGCUCCCAUUGUCCGUCGCCUACGACCCUGGCGACCUCAAGGUGAGGGACAAUAGCAAGGCUGACGUUCACGCCCUCCACGCCGGCAGGUACAUGGACCUGGACAUCGCUCCGGGAAACAUCCCAGGGGCAACGGCAUAG